CCGAAGAGGAUUUUUUACCGCUAAAUUCGAGCUUGGAGUAGCAGGUGGUCAAGCGAAAUGACGGAAACUCUGAAACUCCCAAUCAUUGACCUGUCCUCGCCGGACCGUAUCUUCACCGCCAACUCCAUCCGUCAGGCAUGUACCAAAUAUGGUUUCUUCUAUCUCGUGAAUCAUGGUGUUGAAGAAGGUUUGCUUGAGAAAGUUUUUGAGGAGAGUAGGAAAUUCUUCUUACUCCCCUUGGAAGAGAAGAUGAAAUUGUUGCGUAGAGAAAACAGGGGUUACGCGCCAUUAUAUGCAGAAAACCUUGAUCCCUCUUCAAUUUCGAAAGGUGACUCAAAGGAGAGUUUUAACAUUGGUCCUUUAGGAGGUGCUAAAGCUCAGAGCAACCUGAAUCAAUGGCCGUCAGAAGAACUUCUUCCAUCAUGGAGACCCUCUAUGGAAUCUUACUAUAAAAAAGUCCUUUCUGCUGGUAAGAGAUUGAUGCAUUUAAUUGCUCUGGCUCUUAAUGUACAUGAAAAUUUCUUUGAGGAAGUGGGAGCCUUGGAUGAACCUGCAGCAUUUCUUCGUCUUUUACACUAUCCAGGUGAAUUGAACUCUUCUGAUGAAGAAAUCUAUGGUGCUUCUGCUCAUUCAGAUUACGGAAUGAUAACCCUUCUUGCAACUAAUGGUGUUCAAGGACUUCAGGUUUGCAGGGAGAAGUUCAAACAACCACGAGCCUGGGAAGAUGUCCCUAGUAUAACUGGGGCCUUUAUUGUAAACAUGGGAGAUAUGAUGGAGAGGUGGACCAAUUGCUUGUUUCGGUCAACACUGCAUAGAGUGAUGCCAGCAGGACAAGAGCGUCUCUCGGUGGCAUUGUUUUUAGAUCCUAAGGAAGACUGUUUAGUGGAAUGCUUGGAAAGUUGUUGCAGUGAAUCAUGUCCCCCAAGAUUUCCUCCUAUACGCAGUGGGGACUACCUGACAGAGCGAUUCAGGCUUACAUAUGGCUCAUAAGGAUGCAUAAGUUGAAGUCCAUGUGCAUGUAUGCUAGAUGCAGGAUAAUGGUCUGUUUUUCAAUUUGACUGGGUUUGUAAAACUAAGAUCCAGCUUAAGGUGAUGUAUAUAUAUGAGAGUAUGUGAUAUAGGAAUCUCUUUUUCGAGAUAUCAAUCUCAAAAGUCGUUUAAAUUCUUGACAUAGAACAUCCAAA